UUGCCACGUCGUAACGAGCACCUGAAGGGGGAGGGAGGCGGCAGGUAGGCCGGUCACGUGACCACCCCCACAGGUAGCCGCUUGACUACAAAAACGACGUUCGGCCAUUGCUGCGCGAUGGUGGCUUCGGGAGACUUCACCUAAAAAGAAAAAGCAAAAACCAGCGAGGCGAAGAAGGCCACGCAAAGCGCGGAGGAUCCACGGAGCCUGGCCUUUCGCGCCCAGAGUGGGGGGAGGGGGGAGGGGGUCAAAGGUGUUUUCCCUUUGGACUCGGAGCUCGCAGACGCGUUUUGGGACUUUCGGGCGGCCCUCGAAUGACGGCGCAGGUGGACUACCUGGUGGUGCUGUGCGCCGCCACAUCUGGGGCCAGCGGGGAGCUGCUGGGCUCCGACGAGAAGGAGCUAGCGAGGCUGCUGUGGCGGCAGGUGGACGUCAACAGCAGAAAGUUGGGCAGGGUGAACGAGCUGCUGAUUAAACCCGAAGCGUCAGACCUGACUGAUGAGAAAAAGGAGGAGGACGCGACGGAGGACCUUGCAGAAGAUGAAAAUGAAUCCGGAGCAGAUUGUCUCUUUACAGCAAAGAGCCUGGAGGCUGCUCUCAAUAUGUUCCACCUCCAGCUGACGAACGAGGUGAACAGCGCAGGUGCGGGCACGUCGGUGUGUUUAUGUACCGACGGGCAGCUCCCCAUCCGUCAAGUGAUUCACCCCGAGGCCGCCAGCAAGAACAUCCUGGUCCCAGAGUGUUUCUACUCCUUCUUUGACCUUCGUAAAGAGUUCAGGAUGCACUUCCCCUCUGACCCCGGCGCUUUGGAUGUAUACGCCAUGGUGGAAUCUUUAAGCAUACCCGUAGAGGCGCCCCCUCUCUGCGACUCGCUGGGUGCGCCCGAUCCGUCGGCCGCGUUGCCACCACGAGUAGCAGUGCAGCAGGUCGAGAUGAUGGCCAAAAUCGUACUUUCCCUGCUUUCUGAGCCAUUAUGUCACUCGUUCUCGAACCCGGAAAGAGUUAACGAGAAGUUCGAGACGGGUACUUGCAGUAAAACGGAGAAAGUGAGUGACAGCACGGUGAUCCGAGCCAGAGGGUUGCCAUGGCAGUCGUCAGACCAGGACAUUGCCCGGUUUUUCAGCGGGCUAAAUAUUGCCAAAGGAGGGGCCGCGCUGUGCCUCAAUGCUCAGGGGAGGAGGAACGGCGAGGCUCUCGUUCGUUUUGUCAGCGAAGAACAUCGAGACCUCGCGCUGCAAAGACACAAACAUCACAUGGGCAACAGAUACAUCGAGGUUUACAAGGCAAGUGGAGAAGACUUCCUGAAGAUAGCAGGAGGUACAUCCAACGAAGUCGCCAUAUUCCUAUCCCGUGAGGAUCAGAUCAUCGUGAGGAUGCGAGGCCUUCCUUUCACGGCAACGCACGAGCAGGUGCUGGCCUUCUUCUCGCCGGGGGACGGACUCAAAGACACGUGUCCGGUCAGCGGAGGGAGGGACGGCAUCCUGUUUGUGCGCUACCCGGACGGUCGACCCACCGGCGACGCCUUUGUUCUAUUCGCCUGCGACGAACAUGCCCAGUGUGCGCUCAGGAAACACAAAGAGAUCCUGGGGAGAAGAUAUAUCGAAUUAUUCAAGAGCACAGCAGCGGAGGUCCAGCAGGUGUUGAACCGCUACUCGUCUGCGCCCCUGAUCCCCGUGGCCCCCGCCCCCUUGCUGUCAGUGUUGCCCGCGGUGUCUCUCCUGCCCCCUCCCAUCCUCGUGAGGGACUGCCUGAGGCUGCGCGGCUUGCCGUACUCGGCCAGCAUAGAGGACAUCCUCCACUUCCUGGGCGAGUUCACCCGUGACGUCCGACCGCACGGCGUGCACAUGGUCCUCAAUCAGCAGGGGCGUCCGUCAGGCGACUGCUUUAUUCAGAUGACGUCGGCGGAGCGAGCACUUUUGGCCUCCCAGCAGCUCCACAAACACGUGAUGUCCUGUCAGCACGGACCCAACAGCCGCUACGUGGAGGUGUUCCCCUGCAGCGCCGAGGAGAUGGGCCUGGUUCUGAUGGGAGGCUCACUCUCGCACUCGCACACGCACACACACGGCCGCAACAGGAGUGGGACAGGGCUCAGCCCGCCGCCAUGUAAGUCCAGACGUUUAUCUCCGCCUUCCUACUCGUACACCCCCACCCCACCUGUUUUGCCCACCGAGGCCGCCGCUGCCCUCUACCCCCCGCUCGGUCAAGUGUUGCUCGCCCCUCGCCCCCUGCCCCCGGGGCAUGCCUACUACCCGUCCUCGGCGCAGCUGUACAUGAACUACACGGCGUACUAUCCCAGCCCACCUGGCUCUCCCACCACCGUGGGUUUCUUCCCCUCCCCGUCCGCCCUGUCCUCCCCCGGGGGCUUGAUGCGUAUGCCGGGUCUGACCUACAACAGCAAAGACCUCCUCAACGCGGCGCAGGCCUAUCAGACUGGAGUGGAGCCGGUCUCCGUCCUGAGCGGCAGCCUGAUCGGCCAAGCGGCCGGCGGCGAGGCCCCCGUCGUGUCCCUCCCCGCCCUCUUGAGCAAGCCCGCCGGACACUACCUGGACCUGAGCCUGCUCUGAGACUCGCCCACCUAAUCGUUAGCUGCUUCUUGUCCUCCUCGUCGUUAUUGUUGUUUUUUUUUUUUUUUUUUUUUAAACUAGUCUUAUUUAUAUCUUCAAGAACAGCCACUAUUAUAUUUUAUAACUUGUACGGCUUUAGCCAAAAGCAGUUUGUCUUGUAUUGCACAAUAUAUCUUUCAAAAGGCUUUGUAGAGAUUGUUUUAAUGUUACAUUCUUUGAAUCAUCACUGUUGUAUAUUUGAUUGCCGACGGACGGACGUCGCUCGGCGUUUCAAGCUACUCCGUGAAGACAGAAACGUUUGUGCGAGCGUCCAACGACAGAAACGUCUGUGUUGUCUUUUGACGUAGCAACGUUAGGGCCGCACUGAGGGGGAAAAGAGAGAUUACGGCAAGUAAAGUAAUAUUAUAAGGAAAACGCCUUCUUUUCCCCAAAACGUUUUGACAACAAAAUUGCGAUGGGGUGGGAUUUAAAGUCAUUCUUUGUAGAAAAAUACAUAUUAUAUAUAUCACGAGAAUUACAUUGGAACAUCUUGAACAGUUUUUGACUUUUUUUUUUUUGCGGAAAGAAAAGUUUACCGUGUUUGGGAGUCAAGAGUAUUUUAAUAUAAUAUUAGAUGGAAGAAAAAUAGUUGGCAAUCUUAAAAGAAAAAGCUUUGACUAAAGUUGUAAUACAAAAAGCUGCUUUAAGUCCGGCGGCGUUGGCCUCACAGUUCUAAGGUUGUGGGUUCAAUCCCGGACCCGGCUGUUUGCAUGGUCCCCGCCGUGCCUGCCUGGCUUUUCUCUGGGCGGGCACUCCGCUUUCCUCGCACAUCCCAAAAACAUGCAACAUUCAUUGGACACUCUAAAUUUCCCGUAGGUGUGAUUGUGAGUGCGGCUGUUUGUCUUGAUGUGCCCUGCGAUUGGCUGGAAACCAGUUCAGGGUAUGCCCCACCUCCCGGUAAGGAUAAGCGGCUAAGAAAAUGGAUGAAUGGAUGCAUUAAGUCCGCUGUUCUGACACCGCUGGUGAACUCGCCCUAUUGAGUUAUCGGAGCAGACGUUUUACAGCCGCGGCCACGGAGAAAACACGCACAGGCCAAGCUGGGAUUUGAACCCCGUUCCUCACAACUGUAACCGGUUGCUCCACCGUGCCCUGAACUAAAGUUGUAAUGGCAAGUGAAAAAAGUCAGAUUUUUUGUGUGUGUGGGUGGGUGGUGGGGUAAAUCUUUCAAGAAAAAGUCCUGUUUUUAUUCCCAGAUAACAUCUGUAAUUUUAUGACGAAUAGGUCCUAAAAAAAAAAAAAAAAAUUGAAGUCUCUUAUUCACCUGAAAGGUCAAAUUGUUACAGGAUUAAAAGAAGAAUAUUACAAGACCAAAGUUUCCAUUUUACAAUAAUGUCAGAAUAGUCCGAGAAUUUGUUUCAAUGAAAACUCUUACAAGAAUAAAAGUGAGGUUUGGACAAUGAAAAUGUGGCACCCAGAUGGACUCGAAAUGUCUUCAGUGUGGCCCUAACGCUCCUCAUUGUUCAUAUUUGAAUAUCAGAUCAGUUUGCGUAAUCCACGUGACGCGUUUUUAAUCCACGCCGAUUGUAUUGGAAGCCGUCGUGCGCGAAGACGUUGGCAGUUCAAGCUUCCGAUGUUUACGCGGUCGUCCGUACCGACGCGCUGCUCCUCAACGCUUGCUUACCGACACUUUGUUACGAACGCCGGUUCGCGUUGGACCGCCAGUCGCUCGUCCCGCUUCGCUUCCAUUUCAGCUACUGACAACUAGAGUGGGCCAACUCAGUUCAGUUCGGAUCAUCAGAUUGAGCAAUAUUUCACGAAAAAGAUGAGAAAUGACAAUGCCUUGACACUUGUAACUUCAAAAGGUUUGUAUCUCAAAUCAAAUUUCCCAAUUGACAUCAAUGGAAAUACCACUAAUCCGCCUCGGGAAAUCUACACUAUUUUACUUUAUAAAAAGUCAUAACAUCAUUCAUUGGGAUGUAAAGUAGUAAACAGUUUGUGCGUCAUGAUCAUUCAAAAGGUGCAAUAUUCCAAUAAUAGAGUAAAGUACAUUUCUUUCGGCUUGUCCCGUUAAGAGUCGUAACAAUGUUGUUGUUUUUUUUUUUUGCAUAGGAUAAACAAUAUACCGAAAUAUCUGGUCUACAGAGCGCACCGGAUUAAAAGCCUCACCCAGUACAUUUGUAAAGGAAAUACCAUUUGGUACACAGAUAAGCCGCACCUGUGUAAAAGCCGCCAGAGCCCACGUUGAAACCCACAUUCAAACACGAGAUAUUUACAAAGAAAGAUGGUACACAGGAAGAGUUUUCAAAGUUUUAAUACCUUAGCUUAGCUUAACAUAGCAACAACACAGUAGCACAAACAGGGCUGUUAAAAAAAAAACAUACUGGUGUAAAAAAACAACAACAAAAAACAGUUGUGGCAGAAACAGGGAAGCACAGCACCAACAGGGCCGGUUUAAAAAAGAAAAAAAAAACUAAAUCACUGAGACACGGCAGUAAAACACCAGGAAGACCCUAGCGCGUUGCUAACGCUAGCGCGGCGCUAACAGGGCCAGUUUUAAAAAAACGUAUACAGGUAAAAAUCGCUGACACGCAGCAACACGCUAGCGCAGCGCUAACAGGGCCGGUAAAAGUCACUUCCUCGCCACAUUGAUUUCCAUGUUCUCACUCUUACCGUUUCCGCUCGAGCGCCCACCUCGCGGCCGUUCGAAAACAUGCACAAAUUAGCCACAUCGCCGCAGGGUUGAAAGCGUGUGGGGAAAAAAGUCGCGGCUUAAUGGGGGGGAAAUGACGCUACGCCUGUGAGUAUUGUUGCGUGCGCGGCCUUUAUGUAUCGUUGACGCUUCCCCCUUAUAUUUCAAAAUGGGAGCUAAACCGUGAUUUCGACCACAAUUUUCCUUUUCCGGACUUAACUUGAAAAUGACAAUAACGGAGGUAGCGCGCUAGUUGUCAGUGGCUGACUUUCUUUUCUUUUCUUUUCUUUUCCUUUCAACGCGCCUCACACGUUUUGUCGCCGCCGACGUUGUCCCCUUUUGUCGUCGAUGAAAACGACGCUGCGUUCGCGUGUAACCUGCUCGCAUUCUCCGAGAGGACUCGAGGCCUCAGCGUCGAGAUCUCUUCCCGCUUUCGUCCGCCCUCCGCUCGGCAAACAUAAACUGCAGCGGUAGGACUGGAAGGU